ACGAAUGGGUUCAGGGUCUCGAAAUGAUUUUUGAGGUCAUGGACUGUCCUGAUCGUUACCGCGUGUUAUGCGCACAAAUCCAGCUGACCGGUGAUGCCCGACUCUGGUGGAAUGCCUAUUGGAGUAUGCAUCCCGGUGAAAAAGAAGGUUGUACGUGGGAUCGAUUCAAGGAGUUGAUCCGUGAGAAGUACUAUCCCUUGUAUUACCGAGCAGAGAUGGAGCGCCAGUUCCUGGCACUCAGACAGGGUACUCGUUUUGUUGACGAGUACGAGAGAGAGUUUACCCGACUCGGAGCCUUUGUACCCGAUCUUGUGAGUACGGAGGCGAAGAGAGCUCAUCGUUUUACUGACGGACUUCUCCCAGCAGUCCGUCACAACAUCGUAGGUCACGGCGUCCAGACCUACGCCCGUACAGUCGCCAUUGCCCAAGAAGUAGAUGCCAGUAUCCAGAAGCUAUCUCGACACCAGCCCAGUCAAUUGCUCAGCCACCAGUCCAGCCCAACGUUGCCCAGCCAUCAAAGAAUCAGAAGAAGAGGAAGUUCAGAACGACUCUUGACGAACGGAGGACUCGCCCCAGACAGAGACCAACUUGCCCGACAU